UUCGUGGCUAGCUCAAGUGAAGCUAGUUGUUCUCUCUUCCCAUAGACUUUCGUCUGAAAGCAUCGCUACGUUCAAAUUCUGUUUCCGCAAGUUGAAUAGAUUGAGUUUGAAAUUUGGUUUCGGCAGGUAGCACCGUUCGAAGGGGGAAGAGUGCCCUCACGAUAUGGUCAAGAGUGGAUCAGUCGUGAGGUAAAACUUUGAGUUCGUAUGGCCAGAAUACAGAUUUCAUUGAGGCGAAAUACACGAGAGAUAUUCUUAAGUCACGUGGUGACGAAUUGAUCCAGAUGGCACCAGCGUACAUAGAGGAUGUCAACGUGGCAGAACGACGCUGUCGCCCUCUAUGCGUCAUCCACUCCUGCUGCUACAACAUGACACAGGGUCAGCAGUACGAGGCGAAUAUCAAGUGGCUGAUGUUUCUAGAAUCAAGCGUGCCGCUUGACGAAUUAUUUAUGGAUCUCCACAUCCCAUUCGACUGCGAGUUUCUGGUUGCCCAGCAGUCAGGGGAUGUAUCCCUGACUGAAAUGUACCGCGUCCACCGUUACCAGUCCCUUCAGACGUACCGCGUUUCGAACUGGAGUUCCGGGGGUGGCUUCGUCUGGACUGAUACCCCUUUCGUCAAGCGAAGAGGAGACUUGAAAGGCCUACGAACCAGAGGAUCAGUAUACCCGCAGGCACCAUUCAUAUACUGUGAAGACGACUGCGCACGUAAUCACAGCGGUUUUGUGGUGCAGCUAUGGAGACAAUUUGAAUAUCGGAUGAACUUCACGACUCGUUACGAAGAACCGUCCCACGGAUCUUACGGUGCCAGAGAUUCAAACGGAAGGUGGGAUGGCGUCAUUGGCAGCGUUGCGGCUAACGAAGCUGACGUAGGGCUCAAUGUUCUAGAUUUUGGCACUGAGCGCCUCGACGAUGUCGACUUUUUCCCACCUCUGUGGAAUCUGAAAAAAAUGUUGUACAUAAAGGAUCCUGGCUUCAAGUCGCCUUCUACAAGACUGUUACUCCCGUUUGCUCCGUGGGCGUGGAGAGCAAUACUUGCAGCAUUCUUGACAUUCGUAACCCUGCUCACAGUAACAUGGCAUCUCUCAGGCACAAACCGAACACCACAGAAAGAAGAGAAAUAUAACCUCUACAAUUCUGUAUUCCACGUCGCUGGCAUCUUCUGCAUGCAGAGUAACUACACAACACCCAAGAUUCACUCUUGUCGCAUGGUUAAUUUGACGGCUUAUUUCACCGCUACUCUUUUGUUCCUUGCGUAUUGUGAUUCGUUCAUCACUCAUCUCACUGUCAGAAGAUUCGAUCUCCCGUUCACAGAUUUCAAAGGUGUACUAGAAGAUGGAUCAUACCAAGUUGGUACAACACAAGCCGCCAUCACUGCAAGUUACUUCAAGACCUCGAAAGAUCCCGUGCUGAAAGAGAUUUAUUGGAAAUUAAUUUAUCCAGGGAGAAAAAAUGCUCCCGGAAUCGUAAGAACGGGUCUGGAGAUGAUAUGCACCGAACGGCGAUACGCAUUCGUUGCUUCAGAAAAGAUCUACCUGAAUCUUAAGCGAGAACUGCCCUGCGAAGUUGUGGGGAUUCCCAGAGCUUAUUAUUCGAAAGCAGUAUCACUAAUAAUGCGAAGGGGAAGUCCCUUCAAAUGGCUUUUCAGUCACCAUAUGCUGGAGCUUAAACAGACUGGAAUAAUACAACGCAUUGCGGAUAAAACCUGGCGACCACACACCAGAGAGAUUCUGCUGGAACCACCCCCUAGCGUCACUUUGGAAAUGGUGAUGAUCAUCCACGUUCUGUUUGUGCUGGGAAUUCUCUUAUCUAUCGUGAUUCUUUUCGUCGAGUACGUCACUUGUAAAAGAGGGUGACAUAGACAUAGGUCAACACAGUGGCAUAUACCCUUUCGCUGGUCAAAUUGAAUGGGUGUUCCACAUUCCAAUGCAGACCUCAGUGAAUUGACUGAAUGGUUCAAGAUGUACUGAUCAUGUGUCAGCUGACAGUUUUGAUCUGGAAAUGAAGUGGACAUAAUAAAUGAAUACAAAGGAACUGGUUUUAAGUCAUUUGAGUGUUAUUGUGGUAGCUUUAUUUCCACCUGUCAAAUUGUUCUUGGUGCUGGACUGCUGCUGCCAUAUACACAUGUGGGUGAAUAAAAGUAAAAUAUAUUAGGAAAGUGCAACAAGAAUUUUGGAAAUAUUCAUUCAUUCUCAGGUUACAUUCCACAAAUGUCAUAUAUACAAAAUGUGUAUGAAUAAUUCAGAAGCAUUAGCCCUUGUCCAUCAAAAUGGCGAUCAAACGUUAGAAAAGUUGUUUAUUUGUGAUGUAUGUGGGAGACAUUUUACACAAGCUGCUGAUGUUAUACGUCACACUCGUGUACAUACUGGAGAAAGACCAUAUACCUGCAAUAUAUGUGCCAAAGGAUUUUCCCAGUCAGGUGACUUAACUCGUCACACGCGUACACAUACUGGAGAGAAGCCAUUUUCAUGUAAUGUUUGUGCCAAGAGGUUCACCCAGUCUGGAAGCCUAGUUCGUCAUUUGCGUGUCCACACAGGAGAGAAACCCUUCUCAUGUGCUGUAUGUAUGAGAAGUUUUUCCCAGUCCGGUGAUUCAAUUCGACACAUUCGAGUGCAUAAAAGCUACAGUCCUGUUUCUCCACUGGCAGAUAAAAACGUGCCACAAAUAAAUGUUAGAAAUGAAACACCACUGCCCAGUAGUGAACAGAAGCUUGUAUUUUCUAACGUUUUAAGUAUAGCUUUCUCACAUGCAACACAUGUACCACAUAAUCCUUUGUCUACAUACACUUGUUUACCAGAAAAUGCACCAAAUGAGUUGGGAAUCCAAAAGAAUUUUAGUGGCAUAGACAAAAAUUCAAGCAAGAGAUGCUAGUUAAGAAUACUGCAUGAAUACUCAGAUCAUUCAAAAUAAGAUUACAGGAUUUUCUGUUGCUUUCAUCAGCCAGUUCAUGAAGAAAAGAACUUAAUACUCUGAAAUACUGUAUAUACAUUACCAAUACAUAUAUUUAUAUUUCAUUUUUUCCUUAAAUAUUGCAAGCUUGUUCUAUACCCGUGUUUCCCAUCAUGCAACCUUCCUGAUCCCCAACCAAAAAAUUACUAACUGGACCUCAAACCAAAAACAAGAAGUGAACACUGAAUAUAGCAGUUCUUGUACAGUAUACGCAAAAUAAAGCAAAGUCAACUUAUUUUUUAGCACAACUGUGAGUACUGAUUGAAAGAGUAUUGGACAUAAUAUCAAAUCUUGCAUUGGGUGCAAAAUAAAAUAUUUCACCGUUAUUUUCUUUACAACAAUGUGGCAAAGCAGAAACUCUUUUUACAAGUCAAUACAGAUCCUCCUCCUCCUCUGUGGCCUUUAGUCCACAAGUGAACCAUACCGACUGAGCGACCACCACUUGUUGGCGAA